GUUCCGGAUGCAGGAAAUGCAAAUUGACAUUCCAUCCCGGACUAGCGAGGAAUCGUCUUAAUUACUGAAAGACGAUCGAGUUGCUGUUCAGUAUUAAAUAAUUCCAAAGUACGCUCAAACAAAUUGUCUAACUUGGGCAGGAGUACCAUGGCUGUAUUCACUGACUGUGUGGUGGUUCUGAAUGUGAAGGAAUUGCCCAUAAAAGAGAAAAACAAGUUGAAGUUUCUAUAAAGAACAAUGAUGGAAUAAUUUCCUAUCUGGUCAAUCGACAGUGUACUCACGUUGUCGCAUCUGAACUCAAUUCCAUGAGUUCUUGCAGACUGAAAGCCAUUCAGAAAUAUAAUAUUCCUGUUGUAAAUCUGAAUUAUAUACCUAGCUGCAUUAAAGAAGGUAAACUUUUGGAUGUCAGCUGCUACAAAACAUGCAAACCAACACCUUGUACAAAUGAUGAUGGCAAUGCAAGAGAGAUGCAACUAAACAUUGAAAUUCCUCAAGAGGAGAUGCAAAACAAUGCAGAAAACUUUAGAAUGAAAACAGAGCUGGUGAAAUGGUAGUGGUUGAAUUGCAUGUUUCUCAGAAAAAUGGCAAGUUUCCUUUUCGAAUAUCUUCUCACUUUGAACAGAGCCAGCAGCAACAGAAACAGUUCGUUUUCACCUCAAUUGCUGAGGAAGCUGAAGAAGCCUAUGACUGGUGCAAAAAGAAACUAGUGGCAAAGGAAUUCACAGUGAAAAUUAAUGAUCUGUCUGCUGUGCUGCACUUAACUUCUGAGAAGUUGCAACAGCUUAUAAUCAAGGGAGCCCUGAAUACCAGCACAAUCUCGAAUGAAGUUGGAGUUUUCGUUGAAAUAGUUUGGGCCAUUUAGAAGAUCAGUUGAUCAGUCCAACCUCCAUCACACCCAAUGAUAUAACCAGGGCAGAAGGAAUCCUCCUGCAGGUGAAAAAAGCUAUCAAUGAUAAAAUUGAUGGAAAAACAUUGAGAUUUAAUGUCCCAAUUCUAUUCCACCUUGCUAAUCAAACCUGAGAUUAACUCUAUAAUUACCAAAAGAAAGAUAUCAGAGAAACAAGAUCUCUGUCAGCUGGUAAGGGAUGUCGUUAAUGCAAGUGAGGCUACAUCAUGGACCCCUGUACCUUCAUCACUUACUAAAUAUCAUGCUCAGAUGUCAAGUUGAAUAUGCUGAUGCGAAUAGUGAUGAAUUUCUGCAUGUCAAAAAUCAGUUAUUGAACACCAAUCAAAGUACUUAUUUGGUCGAGAUUUUGCAGAUUUUUCGUGUUGCUAGACUAAGUGAAAAUAAAAAUUUUCAAAGCCAACCUGGCAAUAUUCAGCAACUGUACCAUGCCUCUUCUGGGAGCAACUUUGUUGGUAUAUUGUCCCGAGGGUUAUUAUUGCCAAAGACAGUGGUGGAAAAUUAUGGGGUGGAGCAAACCAAUUUCGGCAGUCUUGGAAGUGGAAUUUACUUCAGUGAUUCAAUCAGACACUGCCACCAUCUGGUUCGACCCAAGGCAAUGGUCUCCCAGGAAUUGAUGUCAAUGUUGCAAUUCUUCAUGGUAGCUUUCAGCACAUCCUUGAAGCGCUUCUUCUGUUCUCCUCUGGUACAUCUGCCCUCACUCAGCUGAAAGAAGACCUGCUUUCAGAGCCUGGUACCUGAUAUCCGAACUACAUGACCAACCAAAUGAAGCUGAUGGUGGAAUAUCAUAGUCUUGAUGCUUGUGGCGCCUGCUUGUGAAAGGACACUUAUGUUGGUGCGUCUGUCUCCCAAGUAAUACGUAAGAUCUUCCGCAGGCAGCAUUGAUGGUGUGACUUGAGUGCUUUGAGGUGCCUCCUACAGGUUGUCCAUGUUUUUGCCUUGUACAGUAUGGAAGGGAUCACAUCUGCAUGGCAGACGAUAAGCUUGUUUUCAGUUUUGAUAUUGUGAUCUUCAAACACUCACUUCCUCAAAGGCUGCACCAGCAAAUUUCAGGUGAUGCUGGAUUACUUCAUCAAUUUUAACCUUCUGUGAAAGAUAACUUCUAAGGUGCUUGAAGCAUUCCACAUUUUCCAGGCUCUCAUCAUGAAUCCUAAUCAAUGGGGCUGGGUUAUGUGCAUUUGGAGCUUGCUGGUGGAAGACUUUGGACUUCUGAAUAUUGAGUGUAUGUUCUACCUUCUCAUAUGUCUCAGUAAAUACGUCUGUGAUUCUCUGGAGAUCUAUUUUCAUCGCAACACUCACUGCAGCAUCAUCAGCAUACUGGAGUUCAAUGACUGAAGACAGGGUGGUCUUAGUUUUGAUUGGAAUCACCUGAGAUUAAGUAAUUCGAUAAAUAAGCUGUACUCCAGCAGGGAGCUUGUCUCUAGUCAAAUGAAGCAUGGCAACAUCGAAAAAAGAUUUGCAGCCAUGAUGCAACCUUGUCUGACUCCUGUCUUAACCUCAGAAGGGCCUGUAAUGGAUCCAUUGUUAAGUAUCAGUGCUUACACAUCAUCAUGAAGCAGGUGAAAGAUGCAAUGAAUUUUGGAUGACAUCCUUACUUCAGCAGAAUCUUCCAGAAAGCCUCACAAUUUACAAAGUCAAAGGCCUUUGUCAAGUCAAAGAGCACUAAAAAGAGAAGUUGAUGUUGUUCAUGCCAUUUUUUUCUUGUAAUAGGCGAGCUAUAAAAAUCAUGCCGGCUCUACCUCUUGAUGGCCUGAACCCACACUGAGAUUCAGCACGUGUAAUAAGUCGAAUCGGAAGGGUUCUUAUAAUGAUCUUUCCUAUAAUGGAAAUCAGGGAGAUGCCUCUAAUUUCCAGAGUGGAUUUGCUGUAUAAGUGCUAUUGCAGAAAGAUGAGUUUGUUGUUUAUUGCACUUCCCAAGUGAAAAUGAAAUACGUUGUCAGUUCUGCAUUGGUGAAGAUCAACUGAAAUCAUUCCACCCUCUUGUUAACGUCACUCCUAAAGAAACCAGCCCAUCAAUAUUGACAUCUGCAGACACUGAUAUAAGUCAGAGUUACUUCAUAUGAUUUGGAAGCUGCUUAGGAUCCUUUGAAAAACAUUAAGCCUGGUCUUCAGGACAGUGCUGGCAAUGUGGUUGCUUUGCAGGAAAUCCAUGUAGAGGCAAAGUUAACGGAUCUUGUUGCACAGGUUCUGGUUUUCCAGUCCUACACAAACCUCAAUACUUUUCCUAUAGAAGCUAAGUAUGUAUUUCCUUUGGAUGAUACAGCAGCUGUAUGUGGAUUUGAGACUUUCAUUAAUGGAAAGCACAUUAUUGGCCAGGUGAAAGAAAAACAGCAAGCUCAUCAGGAGUACCAACAGGCUAUCAGACAAGGUCAUGGGGCCUAUCUAAUGGAUCAGACUACUGCUGCCACCAAAUGCCUGGGUCAUAAUUAAAAUUACCUAUGUCACUGAGCUCUCUGUUGAUCGUGAAUGCAUUUCCUUUCUACUGCCUGGAAGUCUGACAUCCCAACAACAGGACAAAGCAUUGCAAGAGAAAACUCAGGAAUCUCUGAAAAAAUUGAUGUGAGAAAACAGGAACCACCUGGUGGUUUCUCACUUAACUUAUCCAUUGAGAUGCCAUUUGAGAUAAAAGAAAUCACAUCUCCAACGCACAACAUCAAACUAAAGCGAACGGACUGUACCGCUAUUAUCUCUGUGGAGCAGAACAGUUGUCUAGGAACUGGUUUCCAGUUACUGAUUUUAUUGGCUGAAAUCCAUGCUCUGAGAAUGUGGGUGGAAAACAAUCCAGAAAAAGACAGUCAGAUAUAAUUUGUACCAUUUGAGUAUCUGCAGCUGGCCUGUAUGCUGGCAUUUUAUCCAGAAUUCGAUGUAGGCACUCUCUCUGACUGUGAGGUUAUCAUUUGUUUGGAUUGUUCCUACUCCAUGAGGGGCUUAGCUCUUGAACAGGCCAAAAAGGUAGCACUUCUUCUACUCAGAUAUCUUCCAACCACCUGCAGGUUCAAUGUAAUUGCCUUUGGCACAGAUUACAAAGAACUUUUUCACUGUUCGCAACAAAGAAAUUCUGAAGAUGCGGUAAAAACUGCACAGAAGUUUAUUCUGUCUGUACAGAAACCAAUGGGAAACACAGAUUUCUGGAGACCAUUGCUGAGUCUGAACUUACUUGCCCCAUCCAAAAGGAUACGCAAUAUACUUUUGAUUUCUGAUGGACACAUUCAGAAUGAAGCUCUUACACUGAAGAUGGUACACCAGAAUGUCAAACACACCAGGAUAUUUACUUGUGGUGUUGGAUCAACAGCAAAUCGCCAUAUACUUAGAAUCUUGGCACAAUAUGGGGGAGGAGCACAUGAGGUUUUUGAUAAGAAUACCAAAUUCAGCUGGAAAGAAAAGAUACUUCACCGCCUUACAGCAAGAGCUCUUAUUGGAGAUUAUGAAAAUGGAAGUCUGCACACAGAUGAAAGUGAACAUGAGUAUGAACUGCAAGAAGACUUACUUCUCAGUCCCUCUAUUCAGGAACUUGCUGCAAAAGAAAGUGUUGAUAUUCUGUCAUAUAUGGACUGGGAAGAGAAGUUUAAACAUCAAGAAUUUAAAGUGGGAGCUUCACAGAGAGAACUGUUGCAAGAAAGGGAAGUUCCCAGUGAAUGCUUUCCAAAAGAAAUUGGUAGAGAUAAUGAUGAAGUGAAGUAUUUCUCAAGCAAAAGUACAUUAUCUAGUUCUUCUGAAACCCCUGUUUCACUGAAAUCAAUCCUCAUUCCAUUACGUGCACCUCAGCAUGCUGUGUUACAUACUUCAAUGAAAAUAGCUGAUGAUGAAGAAACUGAUGUUCAAUGUUUAAAAUAUCAUAUCUUAGAUGGAGUUUCAGAUUUUUUGGUGGAUGAAUCAGAAGAUGCUUUAGAAGUAGAUUCAUUUGUUUUGAAUGAAGCCUCCAACUGGAGCUGCCAUCCCUGGAGAUUCAGCACUUUUUGAUUCAGAGUUUCCAGGAACUGCAACUCCCAUCUCUGGAAAUUCAGUAGCUUUUGGUUCAGAGUUUCCAGCAUCUGCAGCUCUCACCCCUAGAAAUUCAGUAGCUUUUGGUUCAGUUUCCAGCAUCUGCAGUUCCCAUCCCUGGAAGUUCAGUGCAUUUUGGUUCAGAGUUUCCAAUGAUUGCAGCUUCUGGUAGAAAUAAAUCACUUUUUGGUUUAGAUUCUUCAGUGGCUGCAUCUCCCACUUUUGGAAGUCCAGGUGUUUCAGUAGCUACAGCGUCUUCUGAUAAGCGUUCAGGUAUAUUUGGCUUACCUCACGCAAUGGAUGAAGGACCCACUGAUCAAGGUUUGGUAUCCUUUGGCUCUGGUUAUUCCAUAAGACCGGUUGGAUAUGCACAGUCUUCAAGAUCUCCAGCAUCAUCUUCUCCCUGUUCAACAACUUCACAUUCUAGUUCUUCCAUGGCCACAGCUCUUCUUGUAAAAUCAAAAAGUUUUGGUUCAGGACUCCACAUUCCACCGGCUGCAAUUUUAAAAGGUUUUAGUUUUGAUCCUCUGAGUGCUUCCCAGGAUCGAGAAGUGGUCUACCAAAAUAUGCCACAAUCUCUGCCUGAAGACACCUGUUUGGUUACUACUGAUUCAUUCAUCAUUGAGAAGUCCAGGAAUUUUUAAAAAAGUAAAAAAUGUAAAACAUUCCAUGAUCCCC